AUGCUGCAACUCCUCCUGCUCGCCGUCAUGGCAGGCAACGUCCUUGCUGGCGACUUCACUGUUAAAAUCCGACCCAGGCAGACCAUGACGUAUCCUACGCCUUUCGAGAUCCCGACACUAGCACAGACGCCACAGGAAUGGAUGGACGCACUCUCUGCUGCCACCGCUGCCGGCAAGAUCCCCAACAUCGCCCCCGCCCAGCUCGUCGACGGCAACCCGGUCUACGCCAACAAUGCCGGCUUCGAUAGCAGUACCUGCUCCUGGACCGUCACAAAAUGCACCGGGAGCAACGACAUUGUCAACGCUCCUCCCCAUCAGAUGGCGGUCGGCUUCGAUGACGGCCCCACCGAAAACAGUGGCGAUCUGUACGGCUUCCUCAGCCAGGUCAACCAGUCUGCCACCCACUACAUGAUCGGCUCCAACGUCUACUCGUAUCCGCAACAGUUCGCCCAAGCGGUCGCCGAAGGCAACCAGCACUUUGCCGUUCACACCUGGUCUCAUCACCUCUGCUCCACCCUCACCAACCAGCAGCUCGUUGCCGAGCUCGGAUGGACCAUGCAGAUCAUUGCCGACAAGAGCGGCGGCUACAUCCCCAAGUUCUGGCGACCGCCCCAGGGAGACAUCGACAACCGAGUGCGUGCCAUCGCCGAGGAGAUCUUUGGCCUCACCGUCGUGAUCUGGAACAAAGACACCAAUGACUGGUGCCUGCAGGACGACGGCACUUCUGCCUGCCCCGGCGAGGAUCCGGGUAAAGACUACGCCUCGGUCGCGGCUGCCGCCUCGGCCGGUAUCAACGGUCCCCAGCAGAACGGGUUGAUCAUGCUGGAGCACGAGCUCACACACCAAUCCAUCAAGGUGUUCAAAGACUACUACCCGCAACUCAAGGGUCUUGGCUGGACUCCCAACAAUGUCGCCGAUGUCUUCAACAUGCCCUGGUACAAGAACGCAUGGGACAACGAGCAGACGCCCCAGAAAGGUGGCGUCUUGGACACCUUCACUCUCGGUGCUAGCCCUUCCCCUGACGACUCUUCCAGCUCGACAACAGCAACCGCUUCGAGCACGUCGAAGACCAGUGCACCCUCUUCUAGCGCGCCCACAUCCACCCACAGCGCGUCUACAAGGUCAGGGUCCGCUUCGGCGCCGCAGAAAACCUCCAAGCAGAGCAUCACGACGAACGGCGCUGCUGGCUUUGGUCCCGCGUCUUUUGGCAUUGCUGGCCUCGCAAGUAUCGCUGCCAUCGUCGCAAGUCUUCUGUAA